GACGCUCGAUCACACCAUUGUUAACUCACCACAAGCUAGCUGCUCCGCACUAAAUCACUUACGCACAAGAAGAAGUCGAGACGAAGACGAUGGGAUCUCUCUCCGGCGUCCUUGCCUUUGCCGUCCUGGCGGCGCUCGCCGCCGGCGGCUCCUGCGCCUCAAACGUGCCGCCCGGCCCCGACAUCACGGCGGACUACAACCAACCGUACCGUCCCGCCAAGGCCACCUGGUACGGCCUGCCCACCGGCUCCGGCCCCGAAGACAACGGCGGCGCGUGCGGGAUCAAGGACGUGAACCUGUCUCCCUACAACGGCCUGAUCGCCUGCGGCAACCUCCCCAUCUUCAAGGACGGCAAGGGUUGCGGCUCCUGCUUCCAGAUCAGGUGCACCAACCAUUCGGCGUGCUCCAAGAAGCCGGUGGGGGUGGUCAUCACCGACAUGAACUACGAGCUCCUCUCGCCGUACCGCUUCGACCUGUCCGGCAAGUCCUUCGGCGCCAUGGCCAAGUCGGGGAAGGAGCAGGAGCUCCGCAGCGCCGGCAUGAUCGACCUGCAGUUCAGGAGGGUGCGGUGCCAGUACGCGCCCGGCACCAAGAUCGUCUUCCACGUGGAGAAGGGCUCCCACGCCAACUACCUCGCAGUGCUGGUGAAGUUCGUCGCCCAUGAAGGCACCAUCGUGCAGAUGGAGAUCAGGGAGAAGAACUCCAAGCAGUGGAAGCCGAUGCAGCACUCGUGGGGAGCUAUCUGGAGGGUGGACAGGGUCGAGCCGCUCGUGGGCCCCUUCUCCUUCCGCCUCACCACCGAGUCCGGCAGGAGGCGCAUUGCACACAAGGUUAUCCCCGCCGGUUGGACGGCCGACACUACCUACAAGUCUGAUGUCCAGUUCUAAUUAAACCUAUCGUCAACACAUUUCCUAUUUAAGUUGUUUUUCAUUCGCAAUCUAGUGAAAAUAAAGAUGUAUAUAUAGGUUGAUGUA